AUGCCUUAUCCAGAUUCGUACGUCACACGACACGUGAGGAAUAGAUUAAUUUAUGACGAACUUGAUUACAAUGCCGAUACAGAACGAGAAAAUUUCCAUAAUCUAUUUACGAACCUAAAAUAUGAACAACGUUCAAUCUUUGAUAAAAUCAUGGAAGCUGUCGACAAACAAAGAGGGGGUGUGUUUUUUUUACAUGGUUAUGGAGGGACCGGCGGAAGAACUGCCCAUUCAAAGUUCAAAAUAACCAUGCCAACCCUUGACAACUCUACUUGCAAUGUUGACAAAGACACCGAGCAUUCACAAUUGUUUGAAGCAACCGAUGUCAUAAUAUGGGACGAAGCACCCAUGGCCCUUAAGAAUUGUUUUGAAGCAUUGGAUAAGACUCUUAAAGAUGUCAUGGAUGUUGGGGAUGGUAAGAUAUGUGAACCAAAUGAUGGAUUGGCUGAUAUAGAAAUCCCUCAAGAAAUAUUAAUAUCCAAUUUUGAGGAUCCUAUAAAAGCAAUAGUGGAAAGCACAUAUUUCAAUUUGUUGGAAAAUUUCCAAAAUGUUGAUAUUUUACAAGGAAAAGCAAUUCUUGCCUCAACCAUUAGAGUUGUGAAAAAAAUUAAUCAUUAUGUAUUGGAUAUGAUACCAGGAGAAGAGGAAAAGUACCUGAGUUUUGAUUCAAUUGAUAGAACCUAUACAAGUUAUAAUGAAACAUAUGAAGUUCUAACUCCAGAAUUUCUUAGUAAACUUAGAACAUCAGGUUUACCAAAUCAUAAGAUCAAAUUAAAGGUUGGUAUCCCAAUUAUGCUAACGAGAAAUUUGGACCAGAAUGAUGGAUUAUGCAAUUGA